CGAGAGCCGCCGGGUGGCCGGGGCCAGAGGAUGGAGGAGCAGCGGGCACUUGGGGCUGCCAAGGACGGGGACCUGGCUACCCUGCAGCGGCUGCUGGAGGCUGGCGCCCUGGGCCCGGGCAUCACCGACGCCCUGGGGGCUGGCCUGGUGCACCACGCCACCCGGGCUGGCCACCUGGCCUGUGUCAAGUUCCUGGUGCAGCGCGCCAAGCUGCCUGGCAACCAGCGGGCCCACAACGGGGCCACACCGGUGCACGACGCCGCUGCCACGGGCAGCCUGGCCGAGCUGUGCUGGCUGGUGCGAGAGGGCGGCUGCGGUCUGCAGGACCAGGACGCCUCGGGCGUCUCCCCGCUGCACCUGGCCGCCCGCUUCAGACACCCGGUGCUGGUGGAGUGGCUGCUCCGAGAGGGCCACGCAGCCACGCUGGAGACGCUGGAGGGGGCCUUGCCGCUGCACCACGCCGCCGUCAGCGGGGACCUGACCUGCCUGAAGCUCCUGACGGCCGCCUACAGCAGCGGCGUGAACCGGAGGACCCACAGCGGUGCCUUCCCUCUCUACCUGGCCUGCCAGGAGGGCCACCUGCACCUGGCCCAGUUCCUGGUGAAGGACUGUGGCGCCGACGUGCACCUGCGAGCCCUCGACGGCAUGAGCGCUCUGCACGCCGCCGCUGACCGUGGCCACUACUCGCUUGUCGUCUGGCUGGUCACCUUCACGGACAUCGGCUUGACAGCGCGGGAUAACGAGGGGGCCACAGCCCUCCACUUUGCAGCUCGAGGUGGCCACACGCCCAUUCUAGACCGGCUCCUGCUGAUGGGUGCUCCCAUCAUGAGAGACUCCUGGGGUGGGACCCCCCUCCAUGAUGCAGCGGAGAAUGGGCAAAUGGAGUGCUGCCAGACCCUGGUCUCCCACCACGUGGACCCCUCCCUGCGGGAUGAAGACGGUUACACGGCGGCAGACCUGGCAGAGUACCACGGACACCAGGACUGCGCCCAGUACCUGCGGGAGACGGCCCGGCCGGUGCCACUCCUGAUGACGCCCCCGCCACCACCGUUCCCCCCUCCUCCACUGUCAGCCGCGAGGCACUCCCUGGAGGAUGGAAGAAGAGGGGGCUCAGGUCUCAGGAGCCCCACCUCAGCGCCCCUCAGCCCGGCCUGGCCGGACCAGCUUCUUCCGAGGGAGCAGACGACCUGCGCAGCCCCCCCGAGGGUCGCCGCCAGUGCCAUGGCCAUCCCCACGGGGGCGGAGCCAGCGGCGGGGGAUGCCCCGGACGGCCUGGCCGCGCUGCAGCUGGAUGGGCUGCCCUCCGGCGACCUCGACGGGCUGGUACCCACGCGGGACGAGCGUGGCCGGCCCAUCCCUGAGUGGAAGCGGCAGGUGAUGGUACGCAAGCUGCAGGCGCGUCUGGGCGCAGACCCGGAGCCAGAGGCCCAGGACGACAGCACGAGCACGGGCCCUGCGGAGCAGGCGCCCUGGCGGUACUCGCAGACCCACCGGGCCAUCCUGGGCCCCUUUGGGGAGCUGCUAACUGAGGAUGACCUGGUCUACCUGGAGAAGCAAAUUACUGAUCUGCAGCUGCGGCGCCGCUGCCAGGAGUAUGAGAGCGAGCUGGGCCGGCUGGCGGCCGAGUUGCAGGCCCUGCUGCCCACGCCCCCGGUCAGCAUCACUGUCAACAGCCACUUCCUGCCCCGGGCAGAGGGGCUGGAGGGCGAGGAGGGCCCCACCCUGGUAGCUGAGCCCGAGGGCUCCUCGGAGGCCCAGCCCAGAGGGCAGCCCCUGCCCUUCUGGUGCAGCCACAUCUCCCGGCUGGUGCGCAGCAUGUCCCUGCUGAAGGGCAUGAACGGGCUGGUGCAGGGCGAGGAGAAGCCAGCUGCCCUGCCCCAGCAGGAGGCCCGCAGGGAGACCCCAGCCAGCCCCCCGCGGAGCACGGUUCAGCGCGAGAUCCAGGAGUGCGGGGUAUCCGUGCGGAUGCUGCGAGGCAACUUCGAGUCGGCCCCUGGCCUGCCCUGUGCCCCAAACCCGGGCCCCAGUGAGGCGGGGGCCCAGCCCGGGCAGUGCCUGAGAGGCUCCUGGCCGGCACCCCCGCAGCCCCACGGGGCCCUGAUGGGAGGGGAGCCUGGGCCAGGGGACGCAGAGGAGGCCAGCGACUUGGGCAUCAGCUGUGAGGAGGCCUCAUCAGAGGCGGGCGCCGUGCCUGGUCCCGACCUGGCCAACUUGCGCAAGGAGCGCAUCGUCAUGCUCUUCCUCAGCCACUGGAAGAAGUCGGCCUACACGCCAGCCCUCAAGACGGCCGCCUGCAGGACCCUGGAGGCCCGCCGUGCUAGGCCGCGGGGGCAGGAGGUGGCCAAGGGCCCUCGGCCACCCUCCUUGCCGCCCAGCGAGGGCCCCCGGCUCGGCCACCUGUGGCAGCAGCAGAGCAUCAUCGCCCACCUGCUGGGCAACUGGAAGGCCAUCAUGGCGCACGUGCCGGCCCGGCAGCUGCGGCGGCUGAGCCGGCGGCCCCGCGGGCCCCUGUCCCCCGAGCAGUUCCUGCCCCACGUGGACGGGGCGCCCGUGCCCUACGGCAGCCUCACACUGGACCUCUUCCUGCUGGGCUACUUCCAGCUCCUGGAGUGCGACCUGCCGGCCGAGGAGCGCAAGAUGCGCCACCUGCUCUGCUUCGAGGUCUUCGAGCACCUGGGUGCCCACGGCUGGGAGGCCGUGCGUGCCUUCCACAAGGCCGUGACGGAUGAGGUGGCUGCCGGCCGCCGCACCUGGACUGAUGGCUUCGAGGACAUCAAAGCUCGCUUCUUCGGCUCCAGCCGUGGUCCCGCCUGGGACGUGGAGCCGGGCCGCAAGACAGGCCUGACCCUGCUCGGGCCCCUGCCCCACGCUGCCAUCCCCAGCAGCGGCCUGGAGCCUGCGGCCCAGCGGCUGGGGCCUGGCUCCCAGUGGGGCAGCUUCAACAAUGAGGACAUCUGUGGCUACAUCGGCCGGAGCUUUGCCUUCUGGAAGGAAAAAGAGGCUGAAAUGUUCAGCUUCGGACAGUGAGAAGGGCUGGCAGCCAGCCUUCCUCUAGAAUGGGGUUUUGGGGGUGGU